GUGUGAUCGAGGGUGCGAGCUUUGCGUCCGCAAGCUAGCUUUUAUUGUCUUAUCUUCCUCCGGAACAGCAUGAAGCUGACGGCUGCGGGUUGCCGGCGUCCAGCAGCGGUCAGAGACGGACGGACACCGCGGCGCGGUGCUGCGGCUCGCCGUAUCCAGCCCAAAACCGGCAGCAAAAAAAUGGGCUCUCAGAGCGCCGUCGCGUGCCCAGAGGUGACAGCGACGGCCGCACGGCCGAGCGCUGCUUCCAAUGGGCGACGCUAGCCGGUCUGAGCUCUAUAAUCCAGGCUUAAGAGGCCCAAACGCAAAGCGCGCGCCCGGCCGCCCCGUUUGCCCAUAGGAAGCAAGGUGUGCAAGCCUUCGCGGCCGGCCGCCGCUCACGACGAGCGGCGCCGGCCGAUGGAGCGCUCACAUCCAAGCUUCGGAGCCCAAGUGCGCCCACUUGGUGAUCCGCGCGACGCCGCCGCCUCACGUGCCCUCUCCUGACCGCAACACACAACGCAGGUCCUCGCCCUCGCGCCGCUGGCGCUCGGCUUCGCGCCCGCCGCGCAGCAGCGCGCGCCGACGGCGCUCAACGGCUACGUGCCCAAGGGCCUGACCGAGGCGCAGUACAAGGCGGCGAUGGCGGCCGACAAGAGCAAGGCGCAGGCCAACAAGUCCAAGUUCCCCAAGGGCAAGAAGACCCUCGACAUCGCGGACUGGCUCGUGCAGAUGGAGAAGAAGCAGACGCUCAAGGGCGACAAGGUCGUCGGCUCGGGCCACUCGUACGCGAAGCAGAAGUUCUCGACGAAGUCGGCGUUCGACAAGGUCUUCGGCACGAACAAGGAGAUGUGGGAGUAGGCGCACGACUGCCCCCCCACCCUCUACCUGUAGCUAGGGCGCCGCCCCGGAACGUAAAUAUGAACUGAGUA